ACUAUAUAGAAUGUAAUCAGGAUCAGAGUAUCAUUGUAUGUACAUCUGUAUAGGAACUGCACGUCAGUAAAGAUAAUGGCUGUGUCGUGGGUUUUAAUAAUUUCAUGUGCUGCAAUAGUUCAAGGUCUUUCUUUGAACUUUGCUCCCACAGUUAACCCUGUUGUGAAGGACGGGAAACGAUCAGGUUUUGUUUGCAGGGAUGAUAGAAACUGUACAUUGUACCCUAAAGAAAAAGUGUGUAAUGCAUCAACGCCAUGGGGAAUUUGGACUAAGUGUCCGUUCCUAUGUGGACAUUGUCAUGAAAUAGGACAACAAUUUCUAUACACACCUACAACCAACACCCUCAAAACAACGCUCAGUGUUGCCAUCGUAUCAACACCUAGCAUGGACAUCGUAUCACCUGAACGACCCCCAGCCAAUGCACCAAAUUCAAAUCCUUUCAUUGGCGUUACACUGGCACCAGGCAUUAAAUGUCAUGAUACUCCAAGUGCCAACUGUUCAUUGUAUAACGCAACCAUUAUUUGUGAUGCUCACGGAAAGUAUUACGAGUGGGCUCGAAGGAAUUGUCUACUUACGUGUGGAUUCUGUCACACGUGCGAAGACAACCCCAAUGCUAACUGCGUCUUGUUUAAUUCUACAACUUUGUGUGACAUUCACGGGUCGUAUUUUUCGUGGGCCAGAAAUAACUGUCCACUUCACUGUGGAUUUUGUAAAAAUAACACCGUGCUUAUACAGUUACCCACAACCAAUUCUCCUGCCACUACGCAUAUUUCUCUAACACAACCUUCCCAUGUUUGUAAAGACACCGAAGACUGCAGAUUAUACAAAUACACCAAGAUAUGUACCGAUGGCAGUGAAUACAUUCCAUGGGCCCAGCUUCACUGUCCGGUGUACUGCGGAUUUUGUCAGGCACCAACAAAAAUUGUGCCAUGCGUUGAUCGUAUUUCCAACUGUGAUGAAUAUGUGAAAGACUUGUGUAUUAACACGAAAUAUCGCAUAUUUAGGGAAGACAAUUGUCGAAGAUACUGUAAAAUAUGUACAGGUCUUGAUUCCGUGAUAGAUUAUUCUUCUGCAUUGGGAUAGCCAUUGGAAAAGUACUCUUGAUAAUCUGUAUGUGCAGAGAAAAUUCAUUAAAUGUUUUUACAUUCAAUAAAGUGAUACCAUUA